AUGAUUUUUUACAACCAGUCCAUUUUCUUAUUGGUGGUGCUUUGUCAAUCCAUCUUCACUUCAGCAUAUGUACCAGUAUUUGGCGAGAAUGUCAUCAUCUAUAAAAGCUGUUACUCUGCCAUGAAUGAAUUGACUUUUGGCAAACAUAACCUCACUUAUUGCUCGUACCCUCCAAUGAUCGGUACCUUGAUAGUGUGCAUUAAUGACCACUCUCCUAAUGAAAAGCUUCGAAAGCAAGCAUUGGCAUACGUUGAUAAGACUUGCAAAAGCAACACAGAUCAUCAAGAGAUCUACAAUAACGCUACGGAAUAUUUGGAUCUGAAUGGCUAUUUCAACUAUCUUGCCAAUGAUACCAAUGCUUCCCCUUCAUAUUCCCCAAUGACAAUUCCUGUCAGUAUUUUCUCAGAAUGGCAUGAGGUAUACUCAUGCUUUUAUCAAAACUAUAACCGUUCCAGUUACUACGGAUACGCCAUAAUCAGUUACUGGUUCCUAUGCCUCAUCAUUGCCAUGGUAUUCAACUUUUUUCAAAGAACCGGAUUAAUCAAUAAAUUUUACGGACCAGUUUCACGGUGGAUUCAGCUGAAACUCAUCAUGCCAACCCUAUUCAACACGUCUCAUAAAAAACCUUUGACCAUUUUUACUGGGUUUUCCGUGAUGUUACCAGCAAGACUUGAAUUCUUGACAAUAAUGGGCUAUUUCAUCCUUCAUAUUGUUUUCCUUUCCAUUGGUUGGUCACAAGUUGACCUGAACCAUCCUAAGUUAUCUACGGAAAGAAUGCUCGCUGCUCGUACCGGGGUUCUCGCAGUGGCUCAUUUUCCACUUAUGUUCCUAUUUGCUGGUAAAAACAACUUCUUGAGCUCUUUAACGGGUAUCCCUUAUGAUAGUUUCUUACAUUUCCAUAGAGCAACUGCUAGAGUUAUGGCGAUUGAUCUGUUGAUUCACGCAGUAUGUUAUAUCCACCAAACACUGGUCACUAGCACCUGGACAAACCUAGUCACUAUGAAGUUCGGGGCGUUUGGCAUAUUAGCAUUGGUUGCUUGUUGGAUAAUGGUAUUUUUCAGUGGGUAUUCCAUUAGGGCCCGGAUGUAUGAGAUUUUCUUGGUGGUUCAUAUCGUUUUGGCAGUGGUGUUCGUUGUUGGUGCAUGGCGUCAUACUGCGGGCCUUGGAUAUCAAGAGUACACUUACACUGCGGUGGCCCUUUGGGUGUUCGAUCGUCUUUUAAGAGUGUUGAGAAUCAUUCAAUUUGGAUUUGGUCACAAUACCCAGUUCGAUAUUGUUUCUGAAGAUACUGUGAGAAUCGUUAUCGAUAAACCAAAUGGUUUUGCCGGAUUGGGUUGGGGCAAAUUCGGCCAAUGGGACAUCACUGCAGGCCAAUAUUGCUACUGCUACUUUUCUUUUCCAGGAUACUUUUAUCAAUCACAUCCAUUCACCGCCACUACUUUCUCAUCAUCAUCUCAACAAAACAGAAUUGCGUUUUACGUGAAAAGAAAAACCGGGGUCACUGACAAGCUCUACCAGGCGGUGGCUGCCAAAAAAUUCCCAAAAGUGUUCGUCGAAGGUCCAUAUGGGUCAACUCCUCCAAUUUUCCAGUAUAAAAACAAUUUAUUGAUAGCCGGAGGAAACGGUAUUCCUGGCCCGUUUUCUCAAGCGGUGAAAUUAUCAAAUAGCAUCACCUCGAUGGAAAUGGAAGAGUGUUCAAAAACUUCCAGAAAUGUCCAAUUAUUGUGGAUUUCUCAAAGCUUGGAAUCGGUUAAGUGGUUUGAAAAACAGAUUUUAUCAUUGGCUGCUUCACCAACAGUGAAAGUGGUUUUAUGUUUGACUCAGGAAACUAAAGAAUCACUUGAAUUUUCCAGACUGAAAACACCAGGCUCUCCUAUUAGUGCUGUUCAAAGUACCUCCAGUUUAUAUGGAAUGACACCUUUUACGACACUUCUGGAUAAAAUCAAUGCCACGAACGAAUCAUCUUCAAGCACCCCAGCUAUUUCCAGUGAGAAUGAAAAGACAAAAUCACAAAUCGAAUGCAAUGAUAGUGAUUUUGAAGGGUCUGAAUAUACUAAAGUUUUCAGAGAUGAUGAAGAUAUUUUGGACAGUGCGGUGAUCGUCAGGGCUGGCAGACCAAAUAUCCAUGAUUUUAUUGGCGAGUAUUUGGGGGAUGGGGACGAUGAUUCUUGUUAUGGUUCGGUUUCUAUUUCAUCAUGUGGUCCAGCUGCUAUGUGUGAUAGUAUCAGACAAUCAAUUUCCAGUCAAGUUAUUCAUUAUAAGAAAGGAAGAGUUGAUUAUUUUGAAGAGCUGCAAGCUUGGUGA